AUUUGUGGCUCACGCUACUAACGUCAUCCAUUUGCUUGGCGCUUCGCUUCCUUGUACGAAGCCAAUAGAAUGAGUGCUGAGAGAAAGAGGGGCCGGUCUGGUCUCUGACAUCCGAUUCUUUCCCUAAUCCUGUGCUGAUGGAGGAAUUUUAAAUCCGCUUUCCAACCUGCCAUAGGAGCUGUGAGUGAGCGGAGGCGGAGGGCAAAUCUGUUGAAUUGGGUUGUUUGGUUACUUUACGUGUGGACAUUGAUCUAUGAGAUCCAACCAUGACUAAUUUAACGGGGAGUAUCUCUGUGUAGCCUAGUAUAUAUAAAUAUUAAACAAAUGAAAGAGGAGGAGUCGUUUGUCGUUUGUUUAUGGAUAAAGGGAUGCAGGGCGCAUUUACAAAGGGGACCGGAGCCACUUGGAGAUGGGACUAAACGCCGCCAGACCUUGCGCAAGUUGAUUUUUUGCACCGCGCAAGGAAACUCAACAUAGGCUGAGAUUCUUGGUCUUGAAAAGCUAUUAUCUCCUCGUAGUUAGGAGGCACAACAUGACAGAUACGACUCGAGACCUGUCACAAUAUUUUUUACUACAUUUUAAUUAGGGUUCCUUUAAAUCAUAUUUGGGACACAAGUUUCCUUUGCAGUACUGAAAUUUGGACCUUGAAGCUUGUUGUUCCGCUCAAAUUUACCACGGAUGAAAAGGCAGCCACAUAUCAAGCUAUUUUUGUACGCGUGAGUCGGCAACUGCAUCCUUUCUGCAAAGGAUGCACCCAGAAAACAACAGUAACUCGUCUGAGAAUGUGCCAACAGGCGCCGGUGGUCCUGCCCACGAGAGGGCUGAGGUGAACGGACUGGACCAGGCAGAGGUAUCAAAUUGCGAACUGCAGACUGGACAGCGAGAUCAGUCUGCUCAGAAUACGAUGGAGCAUAAAGAGGCAGUCCAUGUCCCAGACAAACUCGAGGAGGCGAAUCAGUGCUGUGAGGGGAGCGAGAGUAAAAAUGCCCCGGAGGAUAGCACGGCACAACUCAUCGAAACGGGAUGUACCGACAAAAGGCCACUCUCGCCACAGACAGGUCAGGCGCCAAGCGCCAUGCAUGGCUCGGACUUCGUGCCCCCCGAGGGUGGAUUCGGCUGGUUGGUGGUCUUCGCCGCUACCUGGUGCAACGGGUCUAUCUUCGGCAUACAAAACUCCUUUGGCAUUCUCCACUCUAUGUUGGUAAAAGCGCAUGUGGACCCUGACGACAAAGCAUCGCAGUUUAAAGUAGCAUGGGUCGGCGCGCUGGCCAUGGGAAUGAUCUUCUUCUGCUCUCCUGUCGUGAGCAUGUUCACAGACCACUUUGGCUGCAGGAAGACAGCGGUGGGGGGUGCAUUUGUGGCCUUCCUUGGGUUGCUCGCCACUUCAUUUGCAAGCUCCCUCAUCCUCCGCUACUUCACCUACGGGAUCCUCUUUGGCUGCGGCUCGUCCUUCGCCUUCCAGCCGUCGCUGGUCAUCCUCGGCCACUACUUCCGCCGGCGGCUGGGCCUGGCCAACGGCGUGGUGACGGGCUGCAGCAGCCUCUUCUCCAUGGGUCUGCCGGUGCUCCUGAAGAAGGUGGCCGAGCCUCUGGGCCUGAGCGCCACCUUCCAGAUCCUCAGCAUCUUCAUGCUGGUGCAGGCCCUCCUGGCCCUGACCUUCCGCCCGCUCCUGCCCUGCCGGGGCAGUGGGCCGAUGGGGUCGCCCGGAAGCGCGGCAUUGGAGGCUGGGGGUGGCGGAAGCCGGUGGCGGCGAGGAGUCUCCGCGGUGAAGGCCUUCUUCAACCUGCGAGUGUUCCGCAUCGUCACGUACCGCGUGUGGGCGUUCGGCGUCGCCACGGCAGUGCUCGGCUACUUCGUGCCAUACGUUCAUCUGAUAGAGUUUGUGGAGGAACAGUUCCCGAAGUCGGAGAAAGACUGGAUUCUACUGGUAUGCAUCGGUGCCUCGUCGGGAGUUGGACGACUCAUCUUUGGGAAAGUGGGAGACCUCAUUCCGGGGGUAAAGAAGAUAUACAUGCAGGUGGCGUCCUUCAUGGUGCUGGGCCUGAUGUCCAUGAUGAUCCCCCAGUGCCGUGUGUUUGAGGGCCUGGUGGUGGUGUGUGUGUUCCUGGGGCUCUGUGACGGCUGCUUCAUCACCAUCAUGGCGCCCAUCGCCUUCGAGCUCGUGGGGCCCAUGCAGGCCUCGCAGGCCAUUGGCUAUCUGCUCGGACUCAUGGCUAUCCCCAUGACUGCUGGCCCUCCCAUAGCCGGUCUCCUGCACGACUAUUUUGGCAACUAUGACGUGGCGUUCUACCUAGCUGGCGUGCCGCCCAUCGUUGGCGGGAUGGUACUGUUCUGCGUGCCCCUGGUCUACCAGCGCAUGGCCAGGGCACAGAAGAAGGAGCCGGAGGACCCCAGCGCCGACAGGAUGCUAAAGAACUGCUCCAACGGAGACAUGCUCCCCGGCUUCACCGACAUGGAGACCCACAUCUGAGAGCUCCUGCCUGCCAUGCAAAGUCCAGAGGGAUUCUGUUCACCAGCACAUACUCAACUGUGACCUGUAAGAGUCUCCGAAACCAUGGCAACUAUGCAUUCAUAGUUUGUCACAGAACUGUCAACAAAGUUACUAGAAUCCAGGACAUGUUCAUAGGAGAAGAAAUGUUGUUGCUUCAAAGCCCUCCAUAGUCCUUGAGAAUGCCUUCACACAUCCCUACACAACCCGUGUCCCAUAUGAUGUGACAUAUUAACUGAAAGAGAAAGUUUGAUAUAUAUUGUGUGUGUGUGUGUGCGUGUGUGCACGUGCGUGCGUGCGUGCGUGCGUGAGUGCGUUUGUGUGUGUGUGUAGCGGAGGUAGGACUAAAGGUAGGAUAUAUGAUAGAGACCCAGAAGGGGUCAACAAAUGUUGGCAUGAUGGUGUUCAGUCAUACCCUGUCAUUUUGUUUAAUGUACUCAUAGCAUAGAUUCUCCCCAGUCAAAGAACAAAUGGUUUGUUUGGUUGAAAAUACAGUGGACUGGAGUAGAUGCCUUUUAACAGGAACUGGGUGUUGUUUUCUGCAUAUGCAAAAUAUGAUAUAAUGUUGUGGGUAAGAUCCAGCUGGAAGUUAUUGAAGGACUACUCCAUAACUGAUUACUUCCUUGUAAAAAAGCCUUUUUUAAAAAUGUGUUUUCAUUUAUGUUCUAUUUUUUCUGUCUUAUCUACCAAGUUAAAUUUGUAAUAUGCUUCAAAUUUAUUUUGUAUAACAAUAUUUUGGUGACAAAUCGAGAAAAGCAACACAUGUUUUUAUAUAUGCAUAAGUUAGUUUUAAUACAUCUUUAAUUACUUACAAAACCAGUCUCAAAUCCUACGUAUGCCACUAUGCACACAUUAAUAUGCAGUAGUUUUGCAGUCUGUGCCAUUGGCUACAUAAACAUUAGAUUACUAUGUUGGAAAAAAUACAUAGUCUCAAUGGACUAUGUAGAGCCUUAAUUCCCUCUGUAUAAGUGCUACAUCUCUCCCCCAUUAUAUUGCAUUCAUUUGGCAGUGUCUGAUAGGAAACAUCUCACCUCAUAUGAUUUGCAUAAUGAUUUUUGGCUUCAGAUUUGUAUUGAUUUUCUUGAUAUGCAUGUAGAACACUGACUCGUAGAAUGAUUUUAUUUUCCUUGUUCUGUGUGAAAAAUGGCUCCAAGGUCCUCUGUGUGAAUCAUAGCAAGCAAUGCUAAUGAGAUGGAGCAAAGAUCAGAUAUUGAGAUGGUGUGUGGUUGUGUGAAAACGUCCCUUUUAAAUCCGUUUGUUUGUUUGGUUGUUUUCUUUUGUUUAUUUGACAAAACGGUCAGUGCACUGCUUGUUAUCUUCUGGUUGAAGAAGUACCUCCUGACAAACAUUAAUUGAACACUAAGCAUUGGCUUGACAUUAAGACUAAUCAGAGUUGUUUUUGAAGGAUUGGCACGCAUGCAUACCACUGACAUUCUCAGCACCAUAUUAUGGUAUGUCGCUAUGAUAUGAGAAACAAACAUGUGCAUGUGUCCCCUUCAUUUUUCAGUGAAAAGUCAGUUUAGGAUCAUUGUUGUAAUUCCGUCAUGUUGUCAAAGGACAACAACAGCAACCCCUUGCCUAGUUCUCCCAAAAUUAAGCUUGUGCCAGUUAAAGUAUCUGUGAACAAAUCGUCUUUUGCUUGAUUCAUUGACCUCCGUCAAAAGAAGUAGGCGACUACAGUAGCUUUCUAAUUGACAUCUUCUGGGCUUUAUAUGUUUUUAUAUUGGACAUGCUUUUCCUUUGGAGUCAGUAUAGUAUAAACAAUAUCGCCUCACUUGGAUCAGUGCUUAGGGAUCCCUUUUUAGACAGUAAUUCAGCACUGUUCCCUUACCAUAUGGAUCAUGUACCUCUCCUGAUAACUGGUUUCACUACUUCCUGUCUUCUGUGAUAGUACCUUGAAUAGGUGUGUGUAGGAGUGUGCCAAGGUCAGAACAUACCUCAACUGCCCUCUCCUCUAGGUAAAGUCAAGAUAAAAAAAAAAAAAAA